AUGUCCAGCCCGGUGUGUUACAAAAUUACCACGGAGAAUUCAACUGGAAUAAUGUUUGUUCUACAAGGGCUGAAUGAGACAAUGUCAAACAAACGCACAUACUUUGUCGUCACUCUUCUCGUUUACAUUUUUACUAUUUUAGCGAAUCUGACUUUGAUCGUGACAAUUAUUUUCGAGAAAACGUUCCAUGAGCCCAUGUUUAUUUUUUUGUGCGGCUUGUGUGUAAAUGGGAUAUUUGGUGCCUCUUCAUUUUCUCCUAAAAUAUUGAUGGACCUUUCAUCCAAAUUGAGUGUUACUUCGUAUGAAGGUUGUCUGACUCAAAUGUUUGUUAUAUACAACUACGUCUUUUGCGAAGUCACGAUAUUGACAGUGAUGGCUUAUGACAGGUAUAUCGCGAUAUGCAAGCCGCUUAGUUACCACUCGAUCAUCACGCCUAGGAAGGUGGUGAAUUUGUUGCUUAUUACUUGCCUGUUAUCCAUCUGUGAAUCAGGUAUUGCGAUGUGCCUGGUAGGCAGACUACCUCUCUGUGGAUUCAGCAUUGAUAAGAUUUACUGCACAGUCUGGGCAGUGGUAAAGCUGUCAUGUGUUGAUACCACUAUCAACAACAUAUACGGGUCUGCUUUCAUGGGUCUUCACUUUUUACAGAUAUUACUGAUUUUGAUUUCCUAUGUUAAUAUCGUCAAAGCAUCAAUGCGAUCACAGGAAGAUAGGAAUAAAUUCAUGCAGACCUGUUUGCCCCAUUUAAUCUCAUUGACCAACUUCACAAUCGCAGUCAUAUUUGACAUGAUGUACGCUCGCUAUGGACCCACCAGUCGUCUGCUCGGUCUGCGUAAUUUCAUGUCCCUGGCUCACCUCGCUGUCCCACCGCUCCUAAACCCCCUCAUCUACGGCCUGAAACUGAAACAGAUCCGCCGGAGAAUCUUUAGAAUUUUCAUCCAGGAAAAACACGCUCUGAAAUGA